UACAAUUUGUGCAUAUACGUGAUUAUUUUUUUCAAUGGUAUUGAGAAAUCGUUAAAUUGUCAAUCCACCUUUGAAUAAUUACAUUCUAAUUGAUCAAGUGGGUUCAAAUUGUUAAGCGAGAUUGUAAGUUAGUCAAAAAUUUAAUGCUCUUCUUCGUUGUGAUUGUCUGCAUACAGUGAAUCAAUUAGUGAAACCUUCUGAACAAAGUCGACAAGAUGGAAGAAAUUAAUGCCGUCACCCCGCAACAGAUUGCCACACUCAGGAAAAAUUUCAAUGACAAGGUUGCCUCUCAGUCGCCCGGUUUCCAUCCGAAUGACCUGGAACGAGUGAAAUCGGAUGAACUGUGGAUGCGAAGGUUUAUAGCACACGCAGAAUCCAAUAUGGACACAGCCAGCACCCUUUUGUACGAAUGUUGUCAAUGGAGAAAGGACUUCGGAACGAAUGAUUUGGACGACACCAAUAUUCCAAGGGACCUCUUGGAAAAGGGAGUCCUUUUUAUCCGGGGGAAGGACAAGUGGGGAAAGAAAUUGUUGGUUUUUAAAGCCCAGAACCACACCAAAGGCACCGUGGAGAUUGAACACCUCCAAAAACUUGUAGUUCACGCGUUUGAAAGGAUUGAAAAAGAAUCUAAGAGCGAUCAGAUUUCGAUAAUAUUCGACAUGACGAAUACCGGCUGGAGUAAUAUGGACAUGGAUUUUGUUAGAUACCUGAUUACACUACUGAAAACUUACUACCCGUACUUUGUCAACUACUUGGUAAUAUUUUCCAUGCCGUGGUUGUUAAAUGCGGCCUGGAAAAUAAUCAAGACCUGGCUUCCCGAAAAAUUCGUGGACAGAGUCAAGUUUCAGGACAAAAAGACAUUAAAGGACUACAUAGACGUUGAUAAUCAACUUGUCGAAUGGGGUGGAACGGACAACUAUGUUUUCAAGUAUGAACCGGCUAAAAAAUCCGGGCGAAAUGCGGUUAACAAUAACUCAACAAAUGUACAAAACGGGAUGGAAACAAAAACAAAGAGCAAUCGGGCCCAAUUUGCCGGAAAUGGAAGAACAAGUACCGAAUACUCCGACCUAAGUCCGGACAGAGCUUCUGGUGGCACAGCAAUUCCGAAUUCCAGCUCAAACAACUGCCUAGUAGAUGUCGAAGAUCGCGUUAUGUUCCGACCCAGCGAAUCCGCCGAUGAUGAAUAUGCUGCUCAGUUAACUGUACAAAAUAUAUCUCCGAAUGGAGACGCGCUUAUUAUUAAGAUUAAGACCACGUCUCCAUCGCGGUAUCGAGUAAAGCCGAUAAUAUUUGUACUGAAUCGAAAUGCAAAAGGGUUUGUGAGCCUUGAAACCCACUCCGGAGUUGCAGCCGCGACCAUGACGAAGGACCGAUUUCAAGUACAAGUUGUUAUAAUUCCGCAAAAUAUGCUGACCUCUGUAGAAAACAGUAAUGAUUUGGGACAUAAUUUUCGGCAAAUCCUGCACAGUGGGACACAAUUUGAGACGUAUAGGGUAAACGUUGCUGUUGAGGCACGACCAGGAGAUACGGGAACGGCAGGAGGCUCAAUUGCUAUUAAUGAUGAAAGACUCCGACGCGGGUUGGAAGACUUGGAGAGAAAGAUUACGGACUCUGUGGGCAAACAAGUUACUGCAAAAAUUGAUCGAAUCGAGCGAAUGUUGAUGAUUGCGGGUGCCUUGAUGGUGAUUCUAUUUGCUUGUCUUUCUAUCUACCUUUGGAGAUUGACAGGAGAAAAUUGUGCAAAAAGUUGUGGUGGUGGGGUUGGACUUUCUUCGAACUCCAUUUCCGGAGAUCUUUAAUCCCCCAGCGUUUGAAUUUUCACAUUUCAUAUUUUCAGAUUAAUAUUUACAUAAAUUCAAAAUUUUGGACAAAAACUAUGAAGAAAUUUUUGAACACAUGAAAAUACCCUGAUUCUAAUAGAAUUAGGAAAAGUGAAAGGAUAAGGGUUCACUUUUAGUACUUGGAGGGGUCCAGAUUAGGCCUUUUUUGUCUUUUUGCGGACAAAAAAGGCCUAAUCUGGACCCCUCCAAGUAUUAAAAAUGAACCCUUAUCCUUUCACUUAUCCUUACUGCAUAAUUUAAAUAUUGUAAUAUAAUUAGUUGAGUUGAUUAGUAAAAAGAAAAAUGUAAUAAUUCAAAGCUAAAUAAAACUAUUCGCAAACUUUGUACAAAGAUUAAUAAAUUUACAUAGGUUUUUCGGGGCUAAUUGCAAUAAUCGGCCGAUAUCCAAACA